AUACACAACUACCGCUCCACCAAUAUACACGACUACCAUCGAUUGUGCAGGCAAUGUAUUUGACGAUUAUAAGCGUGAGUUCAAGUAAAACCAAAGGGCCCAUUCACAUACAUUCACAACUUCUACAAUCUAUAUACAUCAAUACAAACACAAACAACCUCGUAAAAGGAAAAAAAAAACCGUUACAAAAAUGGACGAUGAAAUCACAAUCACCGACGCGAAAUCCUUCAACACCGCUGCUGUCAAGGCGAACAACUGCAAUGCACCACCGCCGCCGCCGCCGUUGGAAACAAUGAAAUCGGAGAGACACGUAUGGCUAAUGAAAUGUCCUCCAAUUGUAUCUCGGUCACUCUCCCAAUCAGAAAUAACAAUGCAAACAGAUUCAUCUGCUGGUCCAGUUGGUGCCAAAGUUAUCGUGACCGUUGAUCCGCUACUUCCCAAUAACGAUUUUUCGUCCACUCAGUUUACUAUGGAGCUACUUGGCACUGAGUCAGGGAAAGUUCCCAAAUGUUACUCUAUGGACAUGUCAACAGAUUUCAUUCCGAUGUCUGUAUUUUCUGAGUCCAAACAAGGUCGGCUUUCUGUUGAAGGGAAAAUAUAUCAUAAAUUUGACAUGAAGCCCCAUAACGAAAACAUAGAAGAAUAUGGGAAACUCUGUCGUGAAAGAACAAACAAGUAUAUGACCAAAACACGACAAAUACAGUUUAUUGACAAUGAUAAUGGAGCACAUAUGAGGCCGAUGCCAGGGUUUAUCGUCAAACCACUCUCACAGACUGAAAGGAAGAAAGGUCUAGUGAAAGGAUCAGACACAAAAAGAACUAGAAGGGAUCGUGGAGAGAUGGAAGAGAUAAUGUUCAAACUCUUUGAGAGACAAUCCAAUUGGACCUUAAAGCAUCUUAUUUCCGAGACAGACCAACCUGAACAAUUUCUGAAAGAUAUACUUAAGGACCUAUGCAUUUACAACAACAAAGGAUCAAACCAAGGGAAAUAUGAGCUGAAGCCGGAAUACAAGAAAUCAACAGAUGAACAAGAACUGCCAUCAAAAUAGCAUCUGGAAUCCAGAGAAAAAAGCUCUAACAUUGGUCUUUAUGUUUUUUGAUAACAGAUUUUAUCAUUCCUCCCCAUUUCAAGGAAAUUAAGCAACUAGUUUUUUUUUGUUGCAUAUGAAUUUGGGAAAAAUAUGUGAGCUAUCGUGCUCUUUUUACUUUGCA